AUGGAGAGAAUUCCACUCUUCAAUCUUGAUCGUGUUCCUAGGCUUAUGCCUAGGUCCCAGAAGGUUCUCUUACCCAUGACCUGUGCAGCAGCUGCUAUCAACUCCAUAACGAUGGGUUACGAUACCAUGAUGAUGUCCAGUCUUAUCGCCGUCCCGCAAUUCACAGAAUACUUCAACCUCAAUCCCACUACCAAUGGUUUAAUGAACGCCAGUGUGUGGAUGGGAUCGAUUAUUUCUUGUCUUUUAAUGCAAUAUAUGGCCGAUCACUUGGGCCGCAGAAGAACGAUUUUGGUAGCGUCUCUUUUUAGUUUUGUGGGUGUUGCAUUACAAACUGCCUCAACGGACAAUAUGGGCAUGUUCAUUUUUGCAAGAGUCGUUCUUGGAUUUUGUACCCAGUUGACCGGAGCUGCCUCUCCCCUCAUGGUAGCAGAGGUGGCCCCAAAGAAGAUCAGAGGUUUCAUGGUGGGCAUGUACUUUACCUGCUUUAACGCAGGCGCUAUUAUUGCAUCAGGAAUAACAUUUAGAACUGAAGACAUUCACGGGACUUGGGCAUGGCGCCUUCCUUCCCUUUUGCAAGCAAUACCGAGUGCAUUGUCCAUCUUUCUCCUCAUAUUCGUUCCCGAAUCGCCAAGAUGGAUGAUAUCCAAGGGGAGAUAUGAUUACGCCACAGAGGUUCUUGGAAUAAGUAACAACCUCACGAAGAGCCAGGCUGACGUCAUGGUCCAAGAGAUCCAGUCGACGAUUGAGGAGGAAAAGCAAGACACCAAGGGUGCAUGGCCAACUUUACUUCGUCCGUCCAGACCGGACCAGAAGCGAUUGAUUAUGAUCGUAUCGCUUGCUCUUAUUUCGGAGUUGGGUGGCUCUUCGGUUGGCAGCUACUACCUUACCGUGAUUCUCCGGCAGGCCGGAAUCACUGGAACAAAGAAACUCUUGGAGAUCAACUUGAUCAGUUCGUGUUGGAACUUUGUAUGUGCCGUUUGUGGUGCCUACAGCUUCGAUUAUUUGGGAAGAAGAAAGCAGGCUAUAGGGUCACUCACAGGCAUGAUUAUCACUUUUGCUUUGCUCGGAGGAUUUGUCAAAAUGUUCGGCCAGAGCACUAACACAAAAGGGCAGUAUGCCACGAUUUUCUUGAUGUUUCUUUUCAACGGCUUUUACAACUUUUGUGUAACCCCACUCAACUGUCUUUACCCGUCAGAGCUUUUCCCCAUGAAGACAAGAGCGGCUGGUACCACCAUCUUCAAGUUUUGCAAUUGUGCGGCAGGACUUUUGGGAACGUUUAUUUUACCAAUAGCGAUGGACAACGUUGAAUGGAAAUUUUACAUCAUUAACGCAGGCUAUGAUGUCCUCUUUUUGAUUAUUGUCAUCCUAUUCUGGGUUGAGACUAAGGGCUUGAGUUUGGAGGUGAUUGGUAAAAACUUGGGAGAGGCUCCCCCAUUGGUAUUGUCUGACGGGUCAGACUCUGUGAGUGAAGUACACGAGAUCCACACAUCCAAGAAGCAGUGA